CUCCAGGAAUAUAAAGUGGCUGGUUCCUUUGGCUUGUGCAUUCAUUCAGCCAGGCAUCCAGAAAAGCAGCAGAGCCAUCGCUCUUCUCAGAACUUUUCAGCAGCCGGAAGACGAGAGAAGGGACGCUCAGGCUUUUGCUCGAGGGCAUCUCUCCACCUCCUCCUGUCCUUCCCGCAACCGUUCCCCGGGCUGCUCCUCGACGGGCGGCGAAAAGCGGGCGGCGAAGAUGAAAUUCCUGGCGGUUCUGGCCGUGCUCUUCCUCGUCUCGGCGCAAGCCUUUGCGGAAGAGCUGGGAGACAACGAGGAUCUCAGUUACUGGUCCGACUGGUCCGAGGGCGACCAAAACAAGGAGGAGCUGCCUUUACCCUUUGAACACUUUCUGCGGAGAAUUGCCAGGCGACCCAGACCUCAGCAGUUCUAUGGCUUAAUGGGCAAACGAGAUGCUGGAUAUGGCCCUCUCUCCCAUAAAAGACAUAAAACAGAUUCAUUUGUUGGACUCAUGGGCAAAAGAUCUUUAGAUUCUGGAUCUUCUGAAUGGAACACGGCACAGAUGUAUGACAGGAGACGUAAAUGAGACCUUCCAGACCAUUCUUUGUUGAAAUUGUUUAAGUGGCCAAGUUAGUGUAUUAUAAAAGAGCCAUUGUAAGGAAUUAUUUAUUUAAGUCUGAACAUUUUUUCUUAGUUGUAAAUUCAAUUUUAAAAAAUUAUGAUUUUUUUUCUGUUGUGGUAGCGAUACAUGCAGUAUGCAGGUAUGUGGUAGAUGAAUUCUACUAUGACAACUCCAUACGGAAUACAGAAAUCAGUGGUGUUUCAUAACAAAGCACAUUAUUUGAUAUGUUCUGUGAAAGAGAUAUUCUUUUUUAAACAUUUUAAACCAAAUGUUUAAAAAAAGUGGUAAAGAAAUAAAAAAAUCUUUUGUUAAUUUAUAGCAAUUGUAUCAGCUUCACUACCAACGCCAACUUGAUCUGGUGUCUAGUGCCUCAAUUUGUGUUCAUAGCAAAAAAAAUGUACUGUAAUUUCUGUAGCUAAAAUAUAUUUGUAUCAUUGCAGCAUGUUUUUUUUCCGUUUCAUGCCUACGUAUAUAUUUUAGAAAAGAGAGAUUUAAAUGUG